AUGGGUUGCGAAUUGAGUAGUUGCCUUCUUGAUCGAGUGCGAAGUUUUUUGCAGACCGCCGAACAAACGGCUGCGCCAACUGAUUUUGAAUCUCCACCCGAAAAUAGCCGACAUAUCGAGUUGGACAUAUAUGUUCCAACAGAUGGACCGGACUCUCCGUUGAUGCUGUCUGAAGCAGAGCAAUCUGAUCCAUCAUCACCGUCUUCGUCUUCUUCCUCCGGUGAGUCGGACGCAGAGUCCAACAAUGGGGAUGGUGACCAGAUUGGCCUUGAUAAAUUGAGAGUGCCAUGUCCACAGAAGCGGCCAAAAAUCGAGGAAGUGAAAGACGAAAUUGACAAACCAUGA